CGAUAAUACACGCCCAAGUCAUUUAAUCUGCCAAUAACAUCAACAUCAUAACAGCCAAGUCAUAGUCACCCUUCGAAUCUAUUGCUCCGGCUUUGAUCGCCCAGCCACUAGACAUGGAAGAAUUACCAGCAUACGAUAUUCUCGAAUUCUUCCGCGGCGCAGGUACCGAUACCGAGUCGACGAUUCUAUGUUACGGCCUACGAUUUCACUUCACGGUCUCCGCCGAGAAUAUCCAAACUGACACCCUAACCACUGCACAAUACCUGGCUCUUUUACAAAAACCGGACUCUGAGGACUAUGUCGGGGAGGAGAGUGAUGACGAGAGCGUUGAGGGUGAUCCGAUGGAAAAUAUCUGCUUCUGGAUCGCAUUCAAAUGCAACUCUAUCAUGAAACUCCUAUCUCCGGAGGAGCGAAAACCUCGAGUGCGAACUCUUCACGAUUGGUUAAACCUACAAACAGUGGACCUUGUUUCGAAAGCUCUGAGUGGGACGUUCUAUGUCGAGUCGUCGUUAAAUCAGCAACCGAUAGGACAAUUCGCACCAACGGCUACUUUAUCUCCCGCUAUUCUCAAGCUCGGGACUCCUUCAUUAAAAUAUUAAGAGUCAGAUUAUUACAGGAUGAGACGGAUGGGGAUCUUCCUCGCCGGCCCAAGAAAGUGUCGGUCGGAUCUGGUGCGAUCCGAUUCUUCAAACCAACUUACUGCCGUGAGCAAGCCGAUCGUGAGAUACUUGCAUUGAUUCAUAUCAGAUCUAGGGGCUUGGCAGAUGUGGUCCGCACCCCUGUGUUAUAUGAAUUAGUGAAAGGCCCGGGAGAUCAUACCGGUACUCACAUCUCGGGCAUCCUGCUUGAAUACAUCGAGCAUCACAGCACUUUGGCCGAUAUCGAUAUGGAUGCUACUCCUUGGCAUAUUCGGAAACAGUGGGCAGAUCAGCUCCAAGGUAUGAUGAGAAGGCUACAUGCCGCAGGGAUCGUUUGGGGUGAUGCAAAGCCGGACAAUAUAUUAGUUGACAUGAAUAAUGAUCUUUGUAUC